UUGCCUGUAAAGAUUUUAAAAACUACUCCCUCAUUUUCUCUGAUGAAUGCGCUUAUGCUUUUAUGCUAUUUUGUAUUUCCUGAUGGAAAUAGAUUUUGUUUCCUCCAUUUUGCAGAGCUUGAAAUCAUUCCUUGGAGAUGAAAAGCUCAAGGAGUUUAUUAAUUUCACACUUCACUAUAUUGCUGAUCUGGAUAUCCCCAUAAAAAGGGGAACAUUCAUAGAGUUUCGUAGUGGAAUGCUAAAUGUUUCACCUAUAGGACGGAACUGUAGUCAAGAGGAGCGAGAUGAGUUUGAAAAGUAUGACAAGGUUCAUAACGUAAGGACAAAGAUGGUCUCUGUGCUUCGUGAAAAGUUCGCACACUUGAACCUGACAUUCUCCAUUGGAGGGCAGAUAAGUUUCGAUGUGUUUCCACAAGGCUGGGACAAGACCUACUGUUUAAGAUACCUUGAUGACUUCAAGGAGAUCCAUUUCUUUGGGGACAAGACGUACAAGGGAGGGAAUGAUCACGAGAUUUACGAAUCUGAACAAACAGCAGGCCACACAGUAACCAGCCCGGAGGACACUGCAGAACAAUGCAAAUCUCUCUUCUUGUCGAAAUAAAGUGGAGGUGCUUUGAAUUGUAUCAAUAGGACAUUGAUAGUCAACUAGAGUUUGCUGGCGGCAGAAGAAGGGAGGAAAAUGUUGUUCAUUUCAGUAUCUUAAGGGAUCUAAUCUGUUGUGGUUCUCUUCACAAGUGUUUAUUUCUCUUCAAUUAUACAUUUGUCAAGCAGGUGUUUAUGUUAUUUAUUAUUAUAGAAGUUUUAUGACUGGGAUAAACUGUAACAUUGGGGAAUAUCAAGUUCGAAAAGUUCAUCCACACUAUAAGUUCAGUAUCUCAUAUA